CAGCCUGGAUUUGUGUUUUUAGACUUCCCUGACCGUGACACAGCUGAAAAGGCAUAUCAACAAUUACAAAAGAUCAAUUUCGGUUUAUACUUUAAAGAAAUCUGCGUGGAAUAUGCCACGCCAAAUCCUAGAUCACAGCAUGCGGCUUCCAUGAUACCAACCGCGUCGAUAUUCACAGCGGAAGAUAAGGAAAAGGCAGCCUAUCCCAUAUCAUCAACACAUGGUCUUCUCUACCCACCAAAUCCUCACCUUAAAUAUUGUUAUCCGGAUCCUACACUCGAUAUCAUAACCAAUAUUUCUUAUGCUAUUGCAUCAGUUCCAAGGCUUUAUACCCAAGUUCUUCAUUUGAUGAAUAAAUUGAAUAUGCCUCCACCUUUUGGUCCUAAUGUGAAAGAAGCGAAGCCAUCUGUUUUAAAAAAGAGCAGUCUGCAGAAGGAUAGUCUGUUAGCCAGUGAUGAAUCUGAACUAGAAGAGGACACUGUGGAAAAAGAAGAUGAAAAUGAGCGAAAACGCAUGUUAGACGCAGAUAUAGAACCUACACAUGAGAAAGUAAAGAGGCUAAGGUUGACUAGAAUGACCGCAGAGAAACAGAAGGAGGCUAUUCAUCAGAAUAAACAAAAAGCUAUUAAAGAAAAAUGCCUUCCCAUGUCUGAACUAGCUGCUUUGUCAGCCUUUAGAAAAUACGACGCUGGAGAACCUAAUUCAAAACUGUAUGUUAAGAAUCUACAUAAACACGUCUCACAGGAGGAUCUCCAGAAUAUUUUCAAGGUAUUUUCAAAAGACGUCAAAGUUGAAUUAAUGGUGAAAGGCAAAUUAAAGGGUCAGGCAUUCAUUACGUUCCCUGACGUGACAACUGCUCAGCAAGCUUUGGAGUGUACAAAUGGUUUCCCAUUGAAAGGAAAUAGGCCUAUGGCUGUUCAAUUUGGGCGGGCUACCAAACCAUCUGACGAAGAAGCUAGGACAAACGUUUAA